AUGGCCAAGGAGGCGACCCUUUCUGGGGCAGGUACGCCCAGGAUGGAACGGUAUGGGCCUUUAGCUCUCAAUUUAAACACAAAUAAUCACAUUUUUAACCAGCCAAUUAUAGAACUGUUUCUUGAUUGCCCUGACGCAAGUCCGUCGCCAGAGAAAAACGUCUAG